AUGGCAGCAGCCUUAUUCCUCUCCAUCCUCCAGCCCCAGUUCAACCGUGCCACAGAAGCCGGUCGAAGGGAUUCUCGGAGGGUCUCCCAGUCAUGCUGUGAAGUUGCGGAUGCAAGAGAGCUGCAUGGUCCAGAUUUAGCGUUCGUAAGCCAGGCCAACAUGUCCCAGGAGCAAAUGUCCAGAGACAACCCCUUAGCAAAGUUGGAGAAAGCUCAAGUGGUGAGUCGACUCUUGAAACAAGCCCCACCGGGAGAGUUCAAUGAGGUCUUCAGUGACUUGCGCAUGCUUGUGGGCGAUGAUGCCAUGAUGUCCGAGGAAGCGGAGAAUCUGUGUGCCGUGCACAACAAGGACCACUUCACUCCGGUCAAAACGGAAAAGUGUGAGGUGUUGCUGACCCGCCACAAUGAGUUGGAAGAGAACCGCUUCCUAGACCCGCAGAGUCAAGUCUCCUUCAAGUACGAUCAUCUGAAGAGGAUACCAAGCGAUUUCCAGACUCACCACGAAGAAACAACAGGGGAAGUGUGGAGAAGAGCACUCUAUGAUGCUCUGAAGGCCUAUGUAUGCAACCACUAUCCAGAGGGGCUUUGCAGUGUCUUCAUCAAGGACACCGCUGUCCGGAAGAUCUUUGUGGCUUGUAUAGAAAGCCACCGGCACAAGUCCUCGGCUUUUUGGAAUGGCCUGUGGAAAUCGGAAUGGACUUUUGCACUGAUUCCUGCCUCCACUUCUACGGAAGUGACAGGGAACAUCUUGGUCCAAGCGCACUAUUUUGAGGAUGGCAACAUGCACCUGACGGUCACCAAGAAUGUAGAGGAGACUCUGCUGGUUACCGAUAAGACCCAAACGGCCGAAGAAUUUGUGAAGCUGGUAAAGAAAGUGGAGAACGAAGUCCAGCAUGGGCUGAUGGAAGAGUAUCGGCACAUGAAUGGCACCUACCUGAAGUCCUUCCGGAGACAGUUGCCCAUUACCCACACCAGUCUGGACUGGGAGAAGGUCGUGAUGGUUCGGAUUGUAGAGGCCCGGGCGAUCCAGUAAUGGCAAUCUGGCCUCAGCAUGGCAGGAUGGACAAAGAUGUAAAACAAAAUGUUUAGGGAACCUUAAUUGCCUAAAGUAAUGUUGCAAAAUAAAUGAGUAAAGCAAGACUGAUGCAAUGCGGAUGAGUGAAUAGAAUGGUAUUUAUUCAGUACUUGUAAUCUGUAGUGUCACUUAAGUACAAGCACAAAUGUGUCUUGUGUAAGAGUGGGGAAUAAAUGGACCACAAACCACAUGAAGACCCCGAAGCCCAUUUUUAGGGUCCCAACUUAGGGAUAUCUGUGCAGGCAAGCAUUUUCAAAAGCAUCUCCAAUGUCUCCUUUUAAAAAUGGCAUUUUCAGUUCAAUUUAA